AUGAGCAGCUUUCAAGUUAACCGUGGCCGACGCAACCAUCGCCGUCGAUACGACAGACCACGCUACGCAUUGUCGUGGGGGAUUAUUGUACUGGAUCCGCAAAAUCGGGUGCUGCUAUUGAAGCAUCGACAGGGACACUGGACGUUCUGCAAAGGAGGCAAGGAACUCGGCGAUACAUCUCCUAUCCAUACAGCGGCCAGAGAACUAUUGGAAGAGACCGGACUCCGAGUGCCCAAGUUGUGGGUUGAAGAGGAGUCGUGGUCUGAGUAUUGCAGCGCCACAGAGCUCGUUCGUUACCAACCCUGAUGGUCUUCCGAUCGACGCGUACAUCCGUCAAAUCACACUACGAGAACCACAAUGUCCCAGAAUCUUUACCGAAGAAUACCCUUUCCGUGGAGGUACAAAACACAUUGAAUUCUAUAUAGCCAGGAUUCGAAGCAACGUGUCGGUGCAAUGUCAAGCCGGAGAGAUAAGCGGUUACAAAUGGGUGUCGCUGGACCAAGUCGUGAGUACGUUGACUUAUCCCGAAUGCCGAAGUUUAUUCAACAACAUCUCGAACGCACUCCAGUGAUGACCAGAUUGGGGGUACUUCACAAGAAGCUAAUCUUUCUCUUGCAGCCAGAUUGGUGCUCCUUCUUAAAUAGCAAGUGGUCAACGAGAAUAUAUCCAUGAUGAGUUGCCUUUCAAGGAUAUUCGGGGUACAUGCGUCGCACAACUUUGACAUAUUUGCGUGAUACCGCUUCGUCGUUUUGAUCAUCUGAGAGCUGACAAGUCGUAAAAGUGAAUUCAAACCUGU